CUGUUUUCAUCAAAGAAGACAAUGUUAUUUCCGGUUUCUACCAUGACAACUACGAAAGUAACUGACAUGUGAAAACAAUAAGAUAAGAAUUCAUCAAGAAAAGGGCUUUUAAGUUGCGAAUAUGGGGAAAAGGGAUCGAGAGAAGAAGUCGAAAAAGCGUUUCUAUGAGGAGGAGGAAGAUGAAGAAGAGGUGGGAAGUAGCAAAUCGCAGGAUGGCAUACCCGCUGCUGCGGGGAAACAAGUGGAUGAAUCCACCACCAAGAUGGAUGAAUAUGGAGCCAAAGAUUAUCGUGCUCAGAUGCUUCUGAAGAACGAUCACACCUCAAGACCCCUCUGGGUGGCUCCAGAUGGACACAUCUUUCUAGAAGCAUUUUCACCAGUGUAUAAGUAUGCACAGGAUUUUUUGGUAGCCAUUGCAGAGCCGGUUUGCAGACCCACCCACAUACACGAGUACAAGUUAACAGCAUAUUCACUGUAUGCUGCUGUCAGUGUGGGGCUGCAGACCUCUGAUAUAGUGGAGUAUCUGCAGAAACUCAGCAAGACCUCCGUGCCUGAUGGAAUCGUGCAAUUUAUUAAGCUCUGCACUGUGAGCUAUGGCAAAGUCAAGUUGGUGCUCAAGCAUAAUAGGUAUUUUGUUGAGAGCACGUUUCCCGAAGUGAUUCAGAGUCUCCUGAAGGACGAAAAAAUCCGAAAGUGUCGCCUCUGUGCUCCUGAUGGGACAGACGGCGAGCUCAUUACUGAGGUUCUUCGCAGCAAGUCAGCGAUCUCCAAGACUGUUGAGGACAAAGAAGGUGCUUCCACCUCACAGCAGCCCGGUGAUGGUCAAACGUCCGACCAACAGGUUCCUGAAGACAUCUUCAGCUACUAUGAGCAGAUGGACAAAGAGGAAGAAGAGGAGGAAGAGACUCAGACCGUCUCUUUUGAAAUUCAACAGGAUAUGAUUGAGGCGCUACAAAAGCGCUGCAUUGAGCUGGAAUACCCGCUCUUAGCCGAGUACGACUUUCGGAACGAUACGGUCAACCCAGAUAUCAAUAUAGACCUGAAGCCGACUGCUGUACUACGACCCUAUCAGGAAAAAAGCCUGCGCAAAAUGUUUGGCAAUGGACGCGCUCGUUCCGGAGUCAUCGUGCUCCCCUGUGGAGCGGGCAAAUCUCUUGUGGGUGUGACAGCAGCGUGCACGGUACGCAAACGCUGCCUGGUGUUGGGUAACUCCUCCGUGUCGGUGGAACAAUGGAAGGCCCAGUUCAAGAUGUGGUCCACUAUCGAUGACUCUCAAAUCUGCCGCUUCACCUCCGAUGCCAAGGACAAGCCCAUCGGUUGCUCAGUGGCCAUCAGCACUUACUCUAUGCUUGGCCACACCACCAAGCGCUCCUGGGAAGCCGAGAGGGUCAUGGAGUGGAUGAAAAGUCAAGAAUGGGGUCUGAUUAUUCUAGAUGAGGUGCACACCAUUCCUGCCAAAAUGUUUCGAAGCGUGCUGACCAUCGUCCAGGCACACUGCAAACUGGGCCUCACGGCUACUUUAGUUCGAGAAGAUGACAAGAUAGUGGACCUCAAUUUCCUAAUUGGGCCGAAGCUUUAUGAAGCCAACUGGAUGGAGUUGCAGCGCAAUGGCUACAUAGCCAAAGUCCAGUGUGCGGAGGUAUGGUGCCCAAUGUCUCCCGAGUUUUACAGAGAGUAUGUGGCCAUCAAAACUAAGAAGCGCAUCUUGCUUUAUACGAUGAAUCCCAAUAAGUUUCGGGCGUGCCAGUUUCUCAUUCGCUUUCAUGAACGGCGCAAUGACAAGAUCAUCGUCUUUGCUGAUAAUGUCUUUGCCUUGAAGGAAUACGCAAUUCGCCUUAACAAGCCCUACAUCUAUGGCCCGACCUCCCAAGGGGAACGUAUGCAGAUCUUGCAGAACUUCAAACAUAAUCCCAAGAUCAACACCAUUUUCAUCUCCAAGGUUGGAGACACAUCAUUCGACUUGCCAGAAGCCAAUGUUCUAAUCCAAAUCUCCUCUCACGGCGGGUCACGGAGGCAGGAAGCCCAGAGACUUGGUCGAGUUUUAAGAGCCAAGAAAGGAAUGGUUGCAGAGGAAUACAAUGCAUUCUUUUAUUCGCUGGUGUCUCAGGACACCCAGGAGAUGGCGUACUCCACCAAGAGACAGAGGUUCCUAGUGGACCAGGGCUACAGCUUUAAGGUGAUCACACAAUUGGCAGGAAUGGAGGAAGAAGACUUGAUGUUCUCCACCAGAGAGGAGCAACAGCAGCUCCUCCAAAAGGUCCUGGCUGCGUCCGAUCUCGAUGCUGAGGAGGAAGCGGUGGCAGGAGACAUGGGUACAAAACCACAGUUUUCAAGGCGAACGGGGACUAUGAGCUCCAUGUCCGGUGCUGAUGACACAGUCUAUAUGGAAUAUCAGGGUAAAAGCAAAUUGUCUUCUCUCGGCAAAGGCAUCCAUCCGCUCUUCAAGCGCUUCAGGAAGUAGAUGGACUGGAUAAAGUUGUGACACAGAAGGUGACGUGAAGAGACAAUGGUGCUUUGCGCAUCCCCCUCCCAGUUCUGAGGUCGGUGGUUGGAAUCAGGGCUUCGGCCAUCCUCUGUCCAUUUUACAUGUUCUCCCAGGGCUUGUGUGGGUUUUCCCGCAUGUCUGAAAAGUAGUCUGCCUCUCACAAUAGGCUCCAGAAACUUUGACCCUAGUGAGAAUAACAUCUAUGGAAAGUGACCCGUGUUUUCUUUUUCUACUACUUGAAGAGGUUUAAGUUAAAAAAAAAAAAAAAAAAAAUGCAACAUCAUGUUGAUGGUCUACCUAAAUAAAUGAUUAUAGAAUCCUCAGGUAGGAACAACAGCUUUGUUUUAUCCAGGAAACACAAAAUAAAAUGUAAUCAAUGAAUGAAAAUCCACCUAAUUUUUCUCUUUCCAGCAUUUAGCUCGUCCAACAAAAAAAGGUGCAGACUUCUUAUAAUCAGCAGCAUACCUCAUAAAGGUAACUAUUCAAAUAGUUCCAUGACAAAACACACCAGCAAAUUUAAUUGGAAUUAUCGACACAAUGGGUUUUUUUUAAACAAUGAAUUAAAUUUUAUUCUUUCAAUCAAACAGAUUUUUUGCUCAACAAACUGUACAAAAUAAUAUCACAAUCUUAGUUGGUAAACAAUCCCUAAAAAUGAAGACAAUUACAAUAUGGAAACUGGAAAAGGACGUUUUCACAUCGUCGUGCCAUUAAAUUUCGACAGAGUAUAAAAAUUGAUUUCAUUAGAAUAUUAGGUUUUUUACAUUGUGUGCAAUGCAAAUUAGUAAAACAUUUUUGUGGAGAAUAUUUGUACAGUAAGCAAGUAGUACAUCCCCGGGCAGUUACUUCUGCUGACAAACUGUAUAUUGACUCAUUACCGAAAAAUGAAUUAAAGAAUGAGAGCUGGAAUAGAUCAA